UCUGUUUUUGUAAAAUGUCUUCAAACACCCAGAAGAAAGUUGUUUUAGCCUAUAGUGGAGGUCUGGACACCACUUGUAUACUGUUUUGGCUUAAAGAACAGGGAUAUCAAGUGAUCUGUUAUACAGCAGAUGUGGGACAGGAGGAAGACUUGGAACAAGUGAGACAACAGGCUCUCAAACUCGGAGCUAUUAAAGCAAUAGUUGACAACAGAAUCGAGGAAUUUGUAACAGAAUUUGUUUAUCCCUCGCUUGCCUAUGGAGGUAUAUAUCAGGGUCGGUAUCUGUUGGGCACAUCCCUAUGUCGGCCCUGUAUUUCCAAAGGUAUUGUCAAAGUAGCGAAUGAAGAGAACGCCGAAUACAUAGCCCACGGGGCGACCGGUAAAGGCAACGAUCAAAUCAGAUUUGAAUUGUCCUGCAUUUCCAUUGACUCCACAAUUAAAUGUAUAACUCCGUGGAGAAUGAGUUCAUUUUAUAACAGAUUUCAGGGACGACUGGAUCUCAUAGAAUACGCUAAAACCAAGGGCUUCAAAGUUGCCGCCACCCCCGACAAACCUUAUAGUACUGACGCCAAUAUUAUGCACAUUAGCUUUGAAUCGGGUGUUUUGGAGGACCCCUUACACCCGCCCAUUGAUGACAUGUAUUUAAUGACCACAAAU